CAGUUCAGAAGACGUUUGAGAGGGAAAGAAACAGUACAGGAUAUUAAUCAAAUAAGGGCAAGUGUAAGGUCCUUAUUUCAGAGGGAUUGUUUGUGUUGGUGUUGUGCUGCACAGCCCCGUAUUAGUGCUGACUGCAUUUCUCUCAUCUUUGAAUAAAAAGCCUUUGAAUGGAUUUGGAUGUUAACUUAGAUAUUUAUUUGGAAGUAAUGACUCAAUAGACUUUGCAGUAAAGCAGAACAAUCAUGUACACAUACUGAGCCAUCUAAUUCAAGGUUUUAUUUAAUAAAUAUAUUUAUAGCUCAUUUUCAUGCAUAGCUGUGCAAAGAUCCUCUGGUAUUUGUCUCACAUUUGGACACUGCAUGGAGUUUGGGACAUGGGAAUAUGUUUUCUUUGACUGCACCUAACCCCCUCUUUUUUUUUAAUACAUUGGCACACAAGAGCCAAUAACAACUCACAAACUCAUCGUUUCUUUUUUAUGUGUGGAGCACAGUUUCUUUUUCACUUCAGUCUAAGCUCUUAUGUUUGCGUUGGAAUACAAUUGCUCCACAAACAACUGUGAUUGCCCUUCCCCCUGUUGCUUUUUCUUAAUUCCUUAAUUCCCAAUUAGCUCCUCCUCCUGAGAUGGCCAUUCCUGUGAGUAAGGCAAUCCCACUGGAGAAUCCUCCAGAAGCCUCUGUUCCUGCUCAAGAGAUAGGUUCCCCUGAAGAAGCUAGCAUUCAGACUACCGGUGAUCAAGCAAACGGUGUAGCUGCAACUCAAGAAAUGACUGAGCAAACUGAAGAGACUGGGUUGACGGCAACACCUGACGCACAGCAAGAGCCGACGGCUGACCCAGCAGGGGCUCCAGCUGACGUGCCAGUUCCUGAGGCGUCUGUGCCUUGUGCCGAGACUCCCGUCGUUUCCUCAGAAGAGCCACCUGCUCCUGUAGAAGCAACUGUAGAGGUACAAAUCCAGGAGACUAUUGCUGUCGUUGCCGAAGAAUCAGCCACCCAAGAGGUCGAACAGAUUUCUGUUGAAGCUACGGCCCCUGAGGAAGAGUCCAGUACAGCCACCCAAGAGGUUGAACAGAUUUCUGUUGAAGCUACGGCCCCUGAGGAAGAGUCCAGUACAGCCACCCAAGAGGUUGAACAGAUUCCUGUUGAAGCUAAAGCCCCUGAGGAAGAGCCCACUGCAGCUGCCCAAGAGGUCGAACAGGUUUCUGUUGAAGCUGCGGCCCCUGAGGAAGAGCCCACUGCAGCUGCCCAAGAGGUCGAACAGAUUUCUGUUGAAGCUACGGCCCCUGAGGAAGAGCCCACUGCAGCUGCCCAAGAGGUUGAACAGAUUCCCGUUGAAGCCAAGGCCCCUGAGGAAGAGCCCAAUGCAGUGGCAGAAGAAACUCCUGAUGCCCCGAAACCAUCGGCUCCUGAAGACGUGAGUGGAAACGGUGAAGAAGUCGUGGCAGCUGAGGUGCAAGAAUGUACGAAUGUUAUCCUGGAUGCAGCUCAAGAAGUAUCGCCUGUCAAUGUGAAUGUUGAUGUAGCUACUCAAAAUGAAGACCUUGACAAGAAAGAAGCUGUUCCACUUCUCUCCAAGGCCAUUCAGUCAAAGGAGUCAUCCAAAUGUGAAGGCCCCACUCUUUCCACACGCCACCUGUCAGGAUCCGGUACCGAGUCAGACAGCGAUGACUCAGUCCCUGAGCUGGAGGAACAGGACUCUGCACAGACACAGACACAGCAAGCUCAGCUUGCAGCAGCUGCCGAAAUAGACGAGGAACCUGUCAGCAAAGCCAAACAGAGCCGCAGUGAAAAGAAAGCACGAAAGGCAAUGUCAAAGCUUGGUCUCAGGCAGGUAACGGGCGUCACCAGAGUCACCAUUCGCAAGUCAAAGAACAUCUUGUUCGUCAUUACCAAACCAGACGUCUACAAGAGCCCUGCAUCAGACACAUACAUCGUCUUCGGUGAAGCUAAGAUCGAAGAUCUUUCCCAGCAAGCCCAGCUGGCCGCCGCAGAAAAAUUCAAGGUACAGGGAGAAGCUGUAUCAAACAUCCAGGAAAACACACAGACGCCAACAGUACAGGAGGAGAGCGAAGAAGAAGAGGUGGAUGAGACCGGAGUGGAGGUUAAGGACAUUGAACUCGUCAUGUCACAAGCCAACGUGUCGCGGGCGAAGGCUGUACGCGCCCUGAAAAACAACAACAACGACAUUGUCAAUGCUAUUAUGGAGUUGACAAUGUAAUUGGGACCCUGGCAAUAAAGGGUUGAAGAAAGGUUGCUGAUUUAAGCUCGUUUAUACAAUUUAUACCCAAGAUGGAAAUAAAGUUGUGGCUUGAUGAAAUGAAA